AUGGCCGCCACGCAACGUCUCAGCUGCUCCAUGCGCAAUGUCGCUUCUCGCUCCCCCUCAUCAGCUCGGCUGUUCAGCACCACCCGUCCCACCCGUGUAGUGCAUAGCAUCACCUCCUCUUCCUCCUUCUCUUCUCUCCUCUCCUCCCAGACCACGAAGCCAGCCAUCAUAGACUUCACGGCCACCUGGUGUCCCCCUUGCAAGGUCAUUGGCCCCGUCUUUGCCAAGCUGUCAGACCAAGCCGUGUUCAAGGACACAGUCGACUUUUACAAGGUGGACGUGGAUGAGGUGCCCGAAGUGGCGCAACAGUGCGGCGUGAGGGCGAUGCCCACUUUUGUGGUCUUUGAGGGAGGGGAGAAGAAGGGGGAAAUGGUAGGGGCUGAUCCUGGAGGGCUGCAGAGACUGGUGGAGAAGCACGCAAAGAAGCAGUAG